GGUUGGGAGAGGCAUCAUAGGUGUUGUUGAGAGGGAUGAAGGGGUUAGGGUUGAGGAACAAGGAAAGGGUGGAAGGUGGUAAGAGGCUGCUAGUCAGUGUAAAUGUUGUGGGAAGUUCAGGUCCAUUAAGAUUUGUGGCGAAGGAGGAAGAUUUGGUGAGUGAAGUUAUUCAUGCUGCGCUCAAAUCUUAUGCUCGUCAAGCUCGUCUUCCUCAUCUUGGCACUCAUGCUUCCAACUUUCUUCUCUAUUCUUCUAAUUCUGAGGACCCAUAUGCCUCUCUUAAUCCAAUGGAAACCAUAGGAUCAAAGCAAGCAAGAAACUUUGUGCUAUGCAAGAAGGCAGCCACAGCAUCCCCAUUGCCAGCUGAUCAAAACAUGAAAAAGCUAAUGACACUAAAGGAAAGCCAUGGCUGGAAGGCUUGGAUUAACAAGUCCUUAAGUUCAUAUAUCUCUUACUAUAUUGUAUCAUUGAACAAGGUAAUUUUAAACAACGUUCGUUAA